AUGGAUUACCCGAUUACCAUCCCAGAUUCUAAUUCAACUGUUCGUGUUCGUGCAAUCGAUACAACGACCACUAUGGUGUGUGACGCUUCCGCUUUCGUACGACCGGUCAUAAAAGGCCACGAAAGACUGAAUUUCAAGACCAUGUGUUUCUUGAUUGAGAAUGAAUCGAAAUCACGGCGGAUCUUGUUCGACUGCGGGGGAAGGAAAGAUUUCUGGAAUGCCUCACCACAUACUCGGAACAUGAUUGGAACAUACGUGCCAUCUCUCAGAGUCGAAAAGGGAGUUGACGAGAUACUCACUGAGGUAGGGUUUGACUUGAAGAGUCUAGAUGCUAUUGUGUGGAGUCACUGGCAUUGGGAUCAUAUCGGAGAUGCUUCCAAAUUCCCACCACUUACCGACAUUGUUGUAGGACUAGGAUUUAAGAGUAACUUUUUACCUGGAUACCCAGACAACCCUAACGCGUUCAUGUUGUCGAGCGACACAUCCGGGCACUUUAUCGAUGAAAUAAGUUUCAAAGAUGAUUUGUGCAUUGGCAAAUUCCGAGCUCACGACUAUUUUGGAGACGGCUCUUUCUACAUUCUAGACGUUCCUGGCCACACAAUCGGACACGUAUGCGGUCUUGCUCGAACGACACCGAAUACAUUCGUAUUCAUGGGGGGCGACUGCUGUCAUUUUGUAGGAGCCUUCCGCCCAUCUUCAGCUGUCCCACUCCCAGAUAUAAUCCCGCAAGCGCAACUGGACUCCACCCUCCCUGCACCAUGUCCAUGUUCCUUUUUCACAGCUUGUCACCCUUCUACAACGAGGAAUGAACAAGGUACGGUAGAAGACGAUGAUGCAAGACGUAGUCCAUUUUACAAGGUCACACAGAGCGAAACAUCUGCCUACACAGACACGCAACAGUCGCAAGAAAGCAUAGAUCAUCUGCGUGCCUUUGACGCAAACCCUGACAUAUUGAUUUGCCUAGCUCAUGACAAUACGCUGUUUGAUGUCUUUCCUCUGCUGACCACGUCUCCCGAAAAAGAUGUCAAUGAUUGGAAGAUACAGGGCUACAAGGAGCGCACGAGAUGGGCGUUUUUGAAUGAGCUUCCUCGUGAUGGCAAGCCUGGGAGACCACCUCUAGUUUCAGGGCAGUGGAAGAACGGAAAAGUAAUAAGUCUGGGGGAUGACUCUUACUUUCACGAAGUGGUAUAG